CCAUUCUUAAAUUGCGUGCAAAAUGGCGGCCAAGGCGAGGAAAAGGAUGGCGUAUUUCAAAACAUUAUUCUUUACAUCAAGAUGCCGACGUAGCCGUCAGCGUUGUAUGUCGAAUAUCAUUGAUACGUCAGCUUGUAUCAAUUUUGACUGCUAAUUUUUCUCUUUUACACGGUACAAUCGUCUAAAACGUUUACAAUGUCCUCGGUAACGCCUUUGGAGAGCUCAGCAAAAGAUCUGGUGGAGUUGACUCCAGUUUUUCGUGGUGGGGAGAACGAACAGCGAAAAGUUGCCGGGGUGUGUGAUUCAGAGCUAUGCAUGAUGGCCCUACCUCCAGAUGAACAACAGCUACUGACAAGAGUAUCUCAGUAUCUCCUUUGCAGAGGAAUCAUUCCUGUUGUGGUUAGGAGUCCCACUGAAGCACUCAUACACAGCAGACAUUCCCGGUUUGCUAUCAUCAUUUUACCAGACAGUGAUCCCACGUUGAUCAGAAAAGUCAGGUCAGUCAAUGGAAUGAAUUGCCAAACACCUGUGAUUGUCAUAUCAUCAGCUGAUAUUUUACCAGAGAGCACCUUGCAUAUGUUGGGUACAAAUGAAAUCCAUGAAGUGAUCCAUAGAACCUCCAAUGCCGAAAAGCUUGAGACAGAUUUGAUAACUGCUCUCAGUCAUAUCAUUGGGCAAUCUGGUCAUGGUGGUGACUCAUAUGUGUCAUUGUUGAUGACCCCAGUCAACACACCCUGGAACACAGCACCUCAUUACACCACAGCCCCCAUGUCUACAUUUCAGCCAGGAGGCACUAGCAGCACUGGCUUGACACCAACAGGAGCUCCAAGAAAGCACAGUCCUACUCAAAUGAUAGAACUUAACAUGAUGAAGGCUUUGAGUAGUUCACAGAUUGAUCAUGUCCAAGUAUCUGACACUGGACUGCCGCAGCUGGUGGAGCCAGCGGGUGGAAUGAAACUACUUGUCAGUGAACCUGUAACCCAGGUUGUGAAUCAGGGGGCAGCAACUCAUGAGACUUCUCCUUCUUCCGGUAUGAGUGCUCAAGAAAACCCUGAUGCUGUUCUGCCAGGGAUAGAGACCCUGCUGACUGCUAUUCAAGUUGUGGAGCGAGAUGCCCCUGCUGCAAAUGAUCAACCUGCUACAUUCAACAAGUUCACGCCUCUCAAUUCUCCUGCCUCUCAGUGUGCAGAAGCAAGACCCAACAGUCGUACACGACGACGAAAAGGUCGUCGAUCAACAGCUGGCUGCCCACAUUCUGUUAAAGCAACAGUGUCGGACACCGAGUUAGAAUCGCUGAAUGAUACCAAGAGUCCUAUAGCGGCCAGUUUGGCUGGUGGGAAGCCAUACUUCAUGUCACUUGAUAGCUACAGGGAGGCUAUGGCUGAUGACCCUAAUGCUAACCCUGUGGAUCGGCAUAAUUCUAAAGAAAGACACAGAAGGAUACGUAUCACCAAAGCAGCAGAGUUCUUCAAAGCGGUCAUACCAGGUAUGCACCCAGGUAUGGACAAGGCCACAGCUUUCCACUUGACAGUCUACUACAUGGUGUUCCUGCGAAAUGCGCUGCGACAGCAGGAUCCUCCAAUUAUUCCCAAACUACACGAGACCUUUAAAGAAGAAUGGGGUGAGGUGUUCAGCAUGGAGGGUCCCCCAGAAACCGAUGAAAAUUAAUUGAUAACUCGUAGUGUUAUUAGUUUUCGGCAAAUACUUCGGUGUGAAGGUGCCGUAGACCUUCCGAUUCGUUUUGUCCAGUCAGAAAUCACCCGAGUUCGCCGAAUGCUCUGACGAACACUCGUCGAUUAUAAUUGACGUCAAGUCACGUCUUGUUCGCGUUUCCCUGGACUAGUGGAUUUCAAGAAGUUAAGUCACGGAUCGCGUACCUUGAAAAUUGAUCUUAAUUCGUCUCAAUCUAAUCUUCCGAAUUCUUAACAAUCCUUGUCCCUGUUUGGCUUGCCAUUGCUUUUUCGUUGUUUGUCGGUCUUAAAUACUAUUAUUUUGAGGUUUGAUUAUACGCCUCAAAAAUGACUUACCAUGUCGUGACACAAAACGAAAAACGACAAAAAAAACACACACACACACACACCAAAAAAAAAAAACGAAAAACACACGCACACACACACACAAAAAACGAAAAACACAAAACGACACUCAUUUUAUGGGCUAAGGGUGCCAUAUUGAAAUAUGCCUGAGAAGAUUGUGCUUUCCUAA